UUAUUAUGGUCGGCCAUCUUGUCUUGUAAACCGGUAACACAUAACAUAUAUAAAUAACGUUGAUAGUUUUUACGUGGAAAUGGAUGAAGCGAGAAAAGGUUACCAACAAAGGAUACACCAAGAUCUCCUCACAGACGCUAUUACCGGACAAAACAGGAUCAAGUUGUAUCAGCAACAUUUUCAGAAAAAAGAUGGAUUGCCUGUGCAUUUGAAAGGAAAAUAUGGAAUUCCAUUUACAAGAUUUAUGGUCUAUGGAUGUGCAGUUGGUUUCUUUGUGGGAGUGGGAGUCAUUGGAAUGAUGGCUACAAACACAAUGCCUAAAAAACAGCGCUGAUCAUGAAUAACAUUCAUAUAAUGAAGAAAUCUUACAGCUAAUGGGAUGUCUAUUCUUGAUAAGAUGAUGGAAAUGUUUUGAAUGUUAAAAUUUGUGAAAAUAACUGUGUGUGCAUUGAAUAGCUACAUGUUUUAAGUGUUUACAAGGCUUCUCAACAAGGAUAAUUGUAAUAAACUGGUCAUUUUGAUA